AUGAUUAAUAGAGAAGAAACUAAAAUGAAAAGCAUCGAUGUUAGAAGUGACACAGUUACUCAUCCAACUAAAAGAAUGUACGAAGCCAUGUUCAAUGCUUAAAUUGGUGAUGAUGUUUAUUAUGAAGAUGAUACUGUCAACAAACUUGAGAAGAUGGCAGCUGAAUUAGUUGGUAUGGAAGCAGCUCUUUUUGUUCCCACAGGAACUAUGGGAAAUCAAAUCCUAGUCAUGGCUCACUGUCAAAGAGGUUAGGAAAUAAUCAUCGGUAUUGACCAUCACGUUGCAGAAGACGAAGUUGCAGGUUGUGCAGUUCUUGCAGGAGUCUAAACUAGAACAUUGCCAACUAAAGAUGGUUACAUGGACUUACAAGAUAUUGAAAACUCUAUCCGUAAAGAUAUUUACGACUGGAUUCCUGAAACUGGUUUGAUUUGUUUAGAAAACUCCAUGCAAGGAAGAGCCUUGUCUCUUGAAUACAUGGCUAAGGUCAGAGAAUUAGGUAAUAAAUACAAAAUCCCUGUUCAUCUCGACGGAGCUAGAAUGUUUAAUGCUUGCACUGCCUUAAAAUGUUCUCCUCGUGAAAUGGGUUAGUAUGUCGACUCUUUGAACUUUUGCUUAUCCAAAGGUCUUUGUGCUCCUAUUGGAAGUAUGAUCUGCGGUUCUAAAAAACUCAUAUAAAAAGCUAGAAGACUUAGAAAAUUACUCGGAGGUGGUAUGAGACAAGUUGGUAUUAUUGCUGCAGCAGGUAUUAUCGCUAUUCAAGAAAUGAUUCCUCAAUUGGAAGAUGAUCACAGAAUAGCUCGUAUUUUAGCCGAAGAACUUUCAUUAAUACCUGAAGUAGAUGUUAAAUUCGAAGCCUUAUCCACUAAUAUGGUAUUCUGGUAAUUCAGAGACCAAAAAAUGCGCAACUUAGUAAACUUCCAAUAAUGCUUAGCAAAAAAGAAUAUAAAAAUCAAUUUACCAUGGGAGCCAAAGUAUUGGUUUAGAUUUGUUAUCCAUCACUAUAUUAGAGAAGAAUAAGUUUAACAAAUUGUCGAUGCAAUCAAGUCCUACAUUGCUUAAUCAGAGGAUAGAAUACAAGCCAGUUUAUGA